AUGAUGUGCCUGCGGCGUUUCGCGGGUGUCCUGCGAUUGGGCUGUGGUAAAGAAAUUAAGGAGACGCAAGUUGUCAGGUACAGAGGAACAAAACCUGGGAAAGCAGUCAAGCCUGGUACCGAGUUACGCAUUCUCUGCGUGGGAGACUCGAUAACAGUCGGAUUCCUUAGUGACCAAGAUGGCGGCGACGGAAACGGGUACAGACUAAGGCUGCUUGGUGAUUUAUCACAAGACCAGGUCGUGUACGCUGGGACGGAAUCAGGUGGUACGAUGAAAGACGGCUACUUCGCUGCCUGGUCAGGCAAGACGAUCCAAUUCAUCACGGCUAAUGUAGGCCCUUCACUCGCUCAAAGACCCAAUGUUGUCUUGAUCCACGCCGGCACAAAUGAUAUGAACUCGAGCAAAACAAUCUCCACCGAAGGAAACGACCCGGUUGCGGCUGCUAAGCGCCUCGGUCUGCUUAUUGACUUGGUCAUCGAGUCUUGUCCUGAUGCAACAAUUUUAGUGGCCAUGAUUGUUGGAACUUGGGAUCCAGCUCAGGCAGACAGGACCCAUAAGUUCAACGCGCUUGUUCCGGGUGUAGUGAAGCAGCGACGUGACAGGCGGGUUUUAGCUGUGGAUUUCACGUCUUUCCCAAAUAAGCUCCUGCGGGACGGCGUCCAUCCCACGAAUGAAGGUUAUCAAGUAUUUGGAGACUAUUGGUAUGACUUUGUUACUCAGAUCCCAGAGGAGUGGAUUCAACAUCCGGUUGGCAAUGAUCCGGAUCGCUGGUAA